CCUUUGGUUCAGAACGCUUCACUUCGCCACCUGUGAACUGACUAAAUGAACUAAACGAACUUAAACUAAAUUGUGUCAUCAACUCGCUUUCAACCGUGAAUACUAUCAUUUAGACAGGACUUGAAUGCACUAUAGUAGUUCUGUUGCAUAUAAAAGACUUUUAUGUCAUUGCCCACCCGCUUUAGAUAGGAACUUCCGGUUCAGAUCUGUUUGAUUUCUGGCGGUUUAUUUUGAACGUGUAUAACGCGAAAGAUGUGAUGAUAAUUAAUAUUAAUUUUUAACGAAGAGCACUUUCGUCCGUACGAUGGACGCACAAGUCAGAGCUGUUCUAUAUCGGGUAAUCCGGAGAAUACCGAACAAAAAUCUAGAGAAUCUUUUGAAGAAAUGGAAUUGUUUAUCAACAGAUCAGCUCUAUGCCCUGGAUUACACAAGACCCAAAUGGGUGACAGUGGAACAUGUCAUCAGCUUUUGUGAGGAGAACAGACUUAACCUGAAACACAUCACUAAUUUGGAAAUGAUGUAUCAUAUAGAAAACCCUGAUCAAGGCAUCUGGCAUGCAUGUCAGCUUACUGAGGCACAGGAUGAUGCAGUUUGUGUAGAGUUGACACAGUUCAAAGAGCAGUUUAAAGCGCACUUGCAUGGGGUCAUUCGGCAUAUUUCCAUUAAGAUGAAGAAACAUGAGGAUGAGGCUGUAUGGAUUCGGAUUGCCUGGGGAGACAACUUCAGCAAACCCAACCACCUCAAGCCAACUUAUAUUGUGCACCACCUGCACACUUCCUAUGUGUUUAUAUCUAACCUCAUGGCUAAACACAAGAUAUUUCUUUGUCAGGCAUUAGUAAUAGCAACUAAACAUGGCUCUAUAAAGGAUGGACACCUGAGCACCAGGAGUCUCACUGCAAUGAGGGAGUUACUUCUGAGAUGCUACCAGCAGGUUUUUCCAAGUGCACACUCAAGGAUCCUACAGGAAAGAAACGCCCUUCCAUCUCAUCCCUGUAUUGGAAAGGAACACAGUGACCAUGAAGAGAUGAGAUAUCUGAUGUCCUGUGAGGCGUUUGGACAUGGCCCUACACCAAAGCUAGAAACAGCAGUGUAUAGACUUGAGACAAGGUACAGGGGAAAUGGCAACAACACCCUCAGUGACAGAGAGGAGUUCUUCAGAGGGGUGGUCAGGUUCUCAAGCAGCAGUCUGCUAGAUUCCUUGCGUCACUGUGUUGCUUCAGGCAUGGCUGAAGGUCCAGUCACUCCGCUAUUGUCAGCCAUCACUCAGAGAGGAAGGAAUUAUUUUGUUAUCACAGACAAAGGCCCUGGUGUUUCCAGCCAAGCAUCAGCACAGUGAGCCUGAUCACAACUGACAUUGCAGAGAAAUAUCAGUUCAACCAGGACAUGCAUACAUGAGAAUAUAUAUUUAGCAUCCUGCAAAGCUAAAAUACUUUAGAGUAGCCAUGUGCACAGUCUAUCACUAUCAUUAGAGGACAUGUCUGAGACAGCUGUAAUGAUCGCUGAUCCAGCAAGGAGAGAAUGUUUUUACAGUUAAGCUUGGUAAUACAGCAUGUAUAAUUUUUGUGUCAUUUUAGCAUGGUUUUAAAUAAAGGUUUUAAUUGAAAAAAAAAAUUUAUAUUUCCCCCCACUAAUUUUUGUAUAUGUCUGAAAUCACAUUUAACUUUUAAACAACUUUAGCCAACUUUCAUGCAUCAUUCAA